UCACCUCCAGAUUGAGGAAAGCAGAGCUAGCCAGAGGUUAGAGUAGUGGUGUUCGUAUUGGAGAACAAACAAGAUGGGAAGAGCUCCUUGUUGUGAUAAGGUGGGAUUGAAGAAGGGGCCAUGGACGACUCAGGAAGAUCAAAUUUUGACGGCCUACGUUCUACAACAUGGCCAUGGAAACUGGCGAGCCCUUCCAAAACAAGCCGGAUUACUAAGAUGUGGGAAGAGUUGCAGACUCCGAUGGAUAAACUACUUACGACCUGAUAUCAAGAGAGGAAAUUUCAGCAGAGAAGAAGAGGAUACCAUCAUUGAGUUACAUGAAAUGCUUGGCAAUAAAUGGUCGGCCAUAGCAGCCAGCCUCCCGGGUCGGACCGACAACGAGAUAAAAAAUGUCUGGCACACACACCUGAAGAAGAGGCUCAAAAAAAAAUUGGCCACACCGGAUUCCAAAGGCCACUUUACUGCAGCAGCUUCCACAUGUGACUCGGAUUCUUUUAAUUCCCCCGGAAAAAUGUCCCCUCAACCGUCCUCCAGUGAAUUCUCUUCAUUUACAGACUCCUCAACAAGGACCAUGGAAACACACAGCACUGGCGUCAAGAAUGAACAGAUGGAAGAGUACUCAACGGAAUCAUUUCCUGAAAUCGAUGAAAGUUUUUGGUCAGACGCGCUGUCCUCUGAUAAUUCAAGCACGGCGUCAGAUUUCCCAGCAGUCGCAGACGAAUUACAGCUUCAGACACCGGAGCUCGCCUAUGGACAAAUUUCAAACAUGAUGGAUGAUGGCAUGGAGUUUUGGUAUGACGUUUUCAUCAGAGCUGGCGGCUUACAGGAGCUUUGAUUCCUGUUUUGGAGGAUCUGAACAUGGUGAUGCAUAGUUUUCGACCGUUAGCGAGAAGAUGGGGAUGCGGCAAAUUCCAGUGGGGCAAAGGGUCAUUGACCAAGAAAGCAAAAAGCGGAAUUCUCCAUCCUUUGAUGAUCACUUUCAUAGUGAUUGACGGGUCAAAAAGAUAGAAGUACAAGAGACUGACUUAGGAACAGUUGCUUUAUAGAAAUGUAAAGGAGUCGGUAGAAAUUAAUCCACAGAAAAGUCACAGAAAAGGAUGGAAAAGAAACCCAUAUUUCCCAGAAAAUUUCUUAUUACUUGAUUUCUUCAUUGUUGUAACAUGAUCCCAUUGGGCCUUAUCAGUUGUAUGUCUAGAUAUUGAAUAAGAUUCAGUGCCUGUAAUAAAAUGUAUUCUUCCAUUUUGGAAUUGAAUAUGAAAGAUUGGGGAAGUAUGGAUUUAUGUAUAAGUUGGAGAUGAACUUUUUUUUC